AUGCUGCCAAUCGACGUGGCCGCCAUCGUGGACCCGGAAAACUCGACAAAUGUUGUAGAUCGUGCAUGGGGCACCCAGGCAUCCUUUCGAAAACUAAAAGAGGGCCCCGAAUGUUGCAGCAAACGCCUGAUCUCCACCCACCACAUACCAAAGGUGCUGCUCUCCACGUAUUACUAUUUCACGUAUAACGACCGCACUAUUCACACUACUGACAAGGAAACGGCCUUCGAGAAGAUGUGCGCUGAUCGCACAGAAGUGAUGCUGCACUAUUGGCUGGAAGAUCGGAUCGAGAAGCUGGCCUGUGCGGAGAAGAAGGGGGCCUAUGACUGCUGGCGCAACGCCUACUUGGACGACUACGCGAUGGGCCGGCCGUGCAAGCAGCCACCGGCUGACCAGUUUGCCGAAGUCGGGGAUUAUCCCGCGCCUCCGUGCCAAUUGCUCGCUGGCUUGCCGUAUGAGACGAUCGCCCAGUACCUCGACACCGAUAUUGCCGAUCUAAAUAAGAUCGCGAAACUCAAAUGGGAGACGACCAUCCCGGACGCGAAAAAAGCCUUGGCGGCCGCCGAGACGCGACUAUUCGAAUCGAGCAGGUUGUUUAAUUCCUUGAUGCAACGGGCUCGAGAAAUCGCGCAUGCGGAUACGGCGAGCACGAAGGCUUUGAGGGAGCUCUGCCUUGACGAGGCCGGUUUCAUGCCGUCGAAUGGCGUUCUCCUCCUGGGCCCUCUGCAAGACCCAUCCGGCCCCGUCUCGACCAUGCGCGUCGCUAGCGAGGAGCGCUUCACGAUGAUUCCCCCGGAUGCGAAUACUUCAAUUUCGACAGUCUCGUCCACGUCUUCCUCUUCUGCCAGCACCACCCUAUCCAGUGACUCGGAAAUGGAGGAGGAGGCGGCUGAGGCUGAUCGCCUCGACGGGCAGCACGAGGAGACGCCAGCCGCGGCAGUUGAAGACCCCGCCGCGCUAGCCGCUGCCGAGCCUCAACCCGCCCCCACCGCUCCAACCCCGACGAUCCUGGGCUACGUCGGCGUCGCGGUGGUCGAAGUCAUUCAGAAAAACGUG